CUCGACGCCCGGUAUGUCACUUUGUUGGGUGCGGAGCAUUUAAAAGGCCACAACCUCAACGGCCACACAUAAAUCACAGAGUAUCACAGCGUAUCAAGUUUUCAUCCCAGUUUAUCGUUUCAAAAUACAAGACUUAAAUCACACAAUGAACAAGUUAUUCCUCUUGGUUCUGGUAAUUACUGCUCUGGACUUAUGUUCCACACGUCCGGCGCAGAAUAAUGGCAAGUCUAAAAAGACCACAAGCUCUUGUUUGCCUGGUAAGUUUCUGUAAUGUUAUCGACAAUAUUUUGCGUGUGUAAGUUGCGUUGUUUAUAUGCCAGACAUAGUACGGUUUUGGAAAUGGUGUAUACGUAGUCUUGUUUGCUGCACGUUAUUAGACACUUCUACGCUCGGUAUAGCUAUCAAAUAGUACUAGAUAAAACGCCGUAGUGGUUAAUAUUACAAGUUUAACCUUGUAUUGAUUGUAUGUAUGGUAAUAUAAUCCUUUUGUCAAGACGGCUAGCUUUAAUAGUGAUUAGUGCCUAGUGGUGACAAAUAACUUAUUAAUUGACUGAAAUUAUUUGUGUGCACGUUAUUAAAUACUCGUUAGUCGCUUUCGCUUGUUAAAUUUUGGGGAGCGAGGAACUGAAGCUUGUCGUACAAAAUAACGGCUUGCUAUACAAACAUUUAAAAAUAUGACGGCUCACUGAGCAAAUAUGAAUAUCGUUGAAUGUUGAAUGAGUAUAUUGCUGUUGUUAUUGUAUAAAAUUUAUAGCGAAAUAUGUUCAAUAGUUCACGGCCAAAGCUAAAAAAAUUUCAAUAGCGAAAAUCUGAAAACAGAGCCAGGGGCUACAGUACAGGUUUAUUUUCGUAAAUUAUUGACAGUUGACAUUAUUGAAUGGGAAAAGUUUCCGGUUCGUUUGGCGUUGCAUGACUGAGUAAAGAUCGAAGUUUUUGCCUCGUGAUCAUGCUGUUAACUGCCAUCAAAUAUAUUGUGGCUCACUAUAGAUCUGUGGUGAACAAUGUUCAAGGACGUUAAGUGAGCCAUCAAAUGUCAAAUGAGGAUGAAAUUCGUUUGGGUCUCCUGGCUCCUUGAAAAAAAUUUCUAUAAAAAAUCCCUCAGUAAUGAACCCUUCAGUAAAAUCCUUAAAAAUCGCUACAAACCCCGAAAAAAUCUUGAAAAAAAACUCCAAAAAUUCGAAAUCUCAAAAAUCACGUACACUUUUUUGGAGUGAUACAUCCUCGUUUCUUGCUACGUUGUUUAAUUAAUUUAAAAAUUUCCAUUUCCACCUAUCGGUGUGUUUCCCACUCAGCACACGUUUGUAAUCAACAUAAGGGACUUAAGGGAGUUUAAGCUUCGCGUUAUACGUCAAACGCCAGGCAAAGCGGAAAAAAUUUACGGUAUUUAUUUUUCAGGCAAUAAAGCGUAAAUAAACUUGCUGUUUUAAAACUGAAAUACGUAAUUAUUCUUUCGACGCAAGAAAGAAAAUAUGAAACGAAAAUGUUCAACGAAAGUUUUGCCAAGAAACUGUUGAACUCCCUACGUUUACGGCAAACCGCAAACAGCAAACUUCAAUCGCAUUUGAAAGUAAGGCCUACAAUUUCGACAGCCAAAACUAGUAGCUAAUUCAUGCUUCAAUUUUAGUGCACAAAUUGCCCUAACUUCGAACAGCUAACAUGGUUGACUUCAAAUUACGAUUUGAAGUUUGCGGUUAGCGGUUUGCCGUAAAACGUCAAUCUUAAAGUCCCUAAUGUCAAUCAAAAUGUCCGUUUACCAUAUAAAUAUGCAGUUACGAAAAUCCGUGUUAUACUAGUCGAUUCUACAGUAAGUCCAAAAUAACGGAGUUUAUUCAAAUAACAACUAAAAGUUCCUUACAAAUAUAAGGAUACAUAGUUAUAAUUAGUUAAGGCCGGUAGUUCCGUUUCUUGGGACGCAAUGUAGUGCCUAGUGGGUGGAUAUUGAAUAGUGUUCGUUUUCAUCGGCAGUUGGAAACCCACGCACCUCAAUCAAAAACACACCCUUACGUGGGUUAUUCACACGAAUUAAGGGAUGUGUUUUCGAAGUUUCGGGAAACUUCCAGCCACCCGAGGUGCGUCCAAUCCUGGACUCACCGAACCUGCAAGUAUGUUUGGUUUUUAUACACAUUUUACUUUUUAGUAUAUAAUUUCGUGUUUGGAUAACGAACAUUUUAGCCGCCAACACACUACGCAAACAAACUUAGGCUUAAACUAAAGCUUAAAAAAUUCUCUACAAUACUCCCUUAUUCUUCAAAAGAGAAAAUGAACACAUUCCGCGAAAACAAUGCCAAGAUUUAUAUAAACCUGCUCGUGCCGAACAAAUUUCGGCGGCCAUCUUUCUUUUUUUUCCACUUUGAAUACAGAAUAUUCCAUUUUUAUCAAACAAAAUAAAAAAAUAAUAAUUAUAAAACAAUUAAAAACAGUUAAUUUAUUUCUUAUUUAAAUCUUCGUCUGAAAUUUGUUCAAAUCGCUUCAUAAUGGCCGCCGCCGAAACAUCGAUCUCGAACCCACCUCCUAAACAUACGUCAGCAGGUGGAUUCGAGAUUGAACGCACCUCCUCGUAGCCAAUAGGAAAGCCGCUAAUACGCUAGGUAUGAGAUAAAAAUUCUGACCAGAUGUAACUGAAACUAGUCAUGAUUUUCUACCUUUUCAACUUUGUAUAAAUGAGCUCUACGUUUUUGGCAAAAUUGUAUCACUAGUACUCUCUGAUAAUAAAAUAACCUGCCAGCUUGACUUUGAUUCUUUGAGAAUCACAAGAAAACUAUAGAUGUGACAUACGUGCAGUGCAGGGACGGGGUCUUGGAAAGGAUGAUGGGGCCCAGGCCCAGUGACGGAGGGAUAAAAAUUGGAGUUGGAGUAUUACUGAUCAAACAUAAAACAUUUCAGUCGCUAAUUAGUCUUGUUGGCGAGCGCGGGGGAGGGGGGAGGGGGAGUAAAAGAAUUUCUGGACAUACCAUUUUUCAGUAACUUUCGAAUUAAUGUACCGUAAUUUUUUAAAAUUUACGGUAAUAUUUUCGUAAAUUUAGAUUUUUUAAAUAUAAAUUGUAAUAUCUUAAUCUUGAUUUUCAAAACUAAGACAUAUAUUUUUAUCUUUUUCAAAGUUUUAAUUUAAUUUAGGGGCCCAUGACGGCAGGGGCCCACAACAAGUUCUCAUCGGCUCGUCCCUAGCACAGUCCCUAGCCAGCACGUUCCUGCAUUCGUGUUUUACUGUUUGACGUUUGAACACCUAAAUUAUAAUGUUACUAGACUUUCCAGAGGUUGAACGUAGUAAAAGUAAACCGACUGCCAAAGUUUAGAAAGGGAAAGGGCAAAAACAGAUGCUUUUUUAACGACAUCAAAUUUGCAUGUCCUCGAUCUAAAAAAUAUUAUUCUCCAUGUCCAUGCAUGAACUUUAGCUCACUUAUUUCCCAAUCUCUCAGUAUUAAAAUACACUAGUUAAUUAACACACAUUCAUGAUUCAUUUCACCCAACUUGUUUCCAGUUUGCCUUGAAUGAAAGGUAUGCAUGUCUUAGUAGUCUCAAUUAGUCUCAAUAAUUAUGACAGCAGCAAUUCACAGUACUUAAAGAUAUGAGGAAGUCAGAAACUUGAGGAAGACAAUCUGCAAGAGAAAGACAAAGAAUCUAAUAUAUUUUCCUGCAUCUCUUACAUAUAACAAAACUCUUAGCCUUUUAUUAAUCUCUUUCUUAAUUCUUAAUUCAGUUGGUAUUCAAAGUCACGGCAUCAUGUAUUAUGUUUACUCAUAACAUCUUUGAUUCUCAUACACACGACGGGAAUAUAUUACAUAAUUUACAUCGGGACAUGCAUUGUCUUGCAUGAAAUAUUAAUAUUGAACAUUAGAAUCCCACAUUGAAAUACUGAAAUACUGAAAAAAUAAUUUCCCAGUCCCACUGCGUCCACUGCCCAUUUUGCCCUUGUCUGUUCAGUUAUAAAUAUACAGAGGUCAUAACGUGGGUAAGAACAAAAAGGUGGACCAAGAGUCUUACCAGGCUCAUACUUUUCACUUACAGGUCAUAGUUUGCAGUCAUAACUAACCUGAAGUCAUAACUGAACAAACAGCGGCAUGCAGUAUUGAAUUGUUAUUCAAAUUAAAUUUUAUUUUUAUAGGCCAAAAAAUGCCGACAUUCAAGAUUAUUGCAUUAUAUGACAAUGUUACUUUGACGUGUCCCUUUCUCGCACAAUCAGUUACAUUUUUAAAAAAUUGUAAACCAAUAGCAGUGAAACAAAUUGCGUCCAACAAAUUCACAAUAUCUGGGAAUUCAUUGACGCUUACGAGAUAUGUCACAAGGGAUAAUGGAAAGUACUCGUGUAAAGGAACGGACGCAAAUGGACAGACAAAAGAGUUCACAUGGGUACUUCAUAUACAAAUAAAGAGUAAGUAUGUGUUAGCAAUUAUUAUACAAAAUAUUGCUAUAAUUAAAACGACAAGCAGAUCGCCGAUCUACAGUCACUAUUAAAUUGAUGUAUCCCGCAAACUUGUAUUGUAAAUCAUGACAAUAGCGGUGACAAAAGUCUCGCUCUAAUGCCGGGUUUUAAGGCGAGGGAUGCCAAAAUUCCACCUCAUAGACCCUUUUCGUAAUGACGUCAAACGCGGAAAUGCAAUUUAUGCGAAGUGACAAUUCGCAAUGCAAGUCGUUACAAAUUGUCCCGUGGGACAUCGCAUUCAGGGUAUAACCACGUCCAACAUGGCAUUAUGAAAAAGGUCUAUAUAAACCAGAAGCGUAUGACGACUGCACGAAAACUGAAUUUCCGUAAAGUCUCUGAGACGGUAAUUUAAUACAUUUCUGAUAAACGUGUAGUUCAUGCAGUCACUCUAAUAUGGCCGCCUCAAGUAUUCAAAGAGCCGUUAAAGCCUCGGUCAAACGAGAAUGAGAGUUGAUGAGAGUUGGCACUUGGCAGUCAGCCAGUCAUGAAUUGUUACGGGGAACAUUAAAAGUUUGACGAGUGUCUCGCUUACGCUUCAACUUCAAUAAAAUACAUGAUAUUGUUGGAAAAACAUUAAGAACAGCUAAUCAAGAUCGCGUGACUGCCAACUGUCAUGCACUCUCAUCCUUGAAUUGGCUUAUGAAGUCGUGUUUGAGAAGUUUCUGGCACCUUUCGAUCGAAGAGACGUUUGCAUGGCCUUUUUAUGAUCUAUUUAUAAUCCACUUUAACCGUAUCACAAACGGUACGGUAUAUAGUCGCACAGCAGUGCGAUCUGUCAAACUAUGUCGAGUCACUCCCACGAAACGCGUUGAAAUCAAGUUUUGUUACAAAUUAUUUUGUUGCCCUAUUACUUUUUGUUAUAAGUAAUUUUGUUGCCCUAUUACUUUUUCCAUAAAUCUAUGCAGAUUGGCUUGGCGUUUUUUAUAUUACUGUCUGGGGAGCAAGAAGAUAUGACACUCACACUAAAAUAGAUACGCACUACGUACUUGCUGAUGACCUACUUUUUUCUGAUAAUAUGGUUAGGCUUUAGAGUACAAGAUCAUUCUAUAAUUCAUAAGCUAUAACUAAAAAAAUAUUUUCAUUUUUUAGCUUCGACCACUGUAAAAGAUAUAGAGAAACCAGUUAAUGACGCCGUAAUGAUCGAUUGUCGACAUUUUGUUGGAAAACAACUCUUUUACUCGCAUAAUAAAGGAUUAAAAGGGAAAACUGACAUAACAAACAACCGUAGAGUGCUUGGUACAAGUACAGGUUUAUAUGAACUAUUUGCCUUGAAAAUCGACGACACAGGAUAUUACUAUUGUGGUGCAGACGAUGAUAGUUCAAAGCUGGCGGUGAAGUUAGUUGUUAGAGGUAUUACCAUAUAAAUACUUAUAUUACUUAUUACAGGUACUUUAUAUUACAUAUAUAAGACUAUCUUGAGUUUUAUACUCGACAGAGUAAUGAGGUAGAUUCACCCUACUAACAUGUAGUAUCUUGCCUUUUAGACUCGGCAGAGUAACCCUGUCAUGAGUCACGACGUACAGUAGAUUCACCCUAGAUGUACCAGGCAGUAUCAUGCUUUUUAGACUCGGCAGAGUAACCCUCGGCAUGAGUCAUGACGUAGAUUCACCCUACCAUCAGGCAGUAUCAUGCCUUUUAGACUCGGCAGAGUAACCUCCCUGUCAUCAGUCAUGAAGUGGAUUCACCUUACCAAUAGGACUAUCUCGCCUUUUAGACUCAGCAGAGUAACCCUGCCAUAAGUCACGACGUAGAUUCACACUACCAACAGGACUUGAGGACUGUCUUGCCUUGUAGACUCAGCAGAGUAACCCUGCCAUGGGUCAUGAGUGGAUUCACUCUACCAAUAGGAAUAUCUUGCCUUUUAGAAUUUGGCGGAGUAGCCCUGCCAUGAAUCACGAGGUAGGAUCACCCUACCAUUUUGUUUAUAUUCUUAACGAGGAAAAGGCAAGCGACAAAUUUAUUUUCCAGUGAGGAAAUUAGUUCUCUAUAUUUUACAACUCUAAGAGCCUGUUUUGUGUGGUGAUGUAGCGACCCUAAAAACGCCGGGUAACGGAAGAAUUACUCUGUUGAAUCUAGAUCAGAAGGCACGAUAGUCCUGUCGCCCUUGGAGAAAAACAUUAAGGUUGUAAAACCUAAUCCUAACAUUGCUAAAUGCUCCUGAUCCGAAACUACUCAAUUAUCUGGGCUGUCAUGGAGCGGGCUUGCCCCUCCCCUUAUACCUGUGAAACUGUUUCAAGUAUUUAGUAUUUGUCACCAUUGCAUGUUUUUAGAGCUGCCUAAAGUGAGUGGAAAAUCACUUGUUAAAGUUGGAGAUAAUGUUCUUUUUAAAUGCGAGUACAAAGGACCGCAAACAAUCGCCUGGUAUAAAGAUAACAAAAAAUUAGAUGUUAAAAGCAAAGCUACAGGGAAGUUGAUGAAUAAACGUCGAGGGAAACAACAUUUGAAUCUGCCUCUCACAAACAUUACGUCUGAUUCAACUGGUAUAUAUGGAUGUGGCGUUGUGUUUGAUAAUAGUACUUUCCUCACAACUAUUAAACUUGAACUCUUAGGUAAGUCUGAUUUUACAACAUCAACGAUAUAGUUCGCUGCUCAAAACCAACUUGUGUUCCGUGUUCAUAGUAUGCUGCCAUAUUUUCGAUAUGGAAAUUUAUUAUUAGACCUAACCAGAAGCAGUUGCGAAAACCCAUCAACAAAACUAAUCAACAAUUAGUUCUAUCGAGCGAGAUGCCCCAAAUCCUGAUAUUUAUCUGCUUACCUUACAACACCUUGCUUUACUUUCACCAUACCUUCAUCUUACCUUCACCUCACAUUCACGUCAACUUCACGUCACCUUACCUUCACGUCACGUUUACCCCACCUCCACCUUACCUUCACGUCACGUUUACCCCACCUCCACCUUCACUCACGUCACCUUAUCUUCACCUUCACCUUACCUUCACGUCACGUUUACCCCACCUCCACCUUACCUUCACGUCACGUUUACCCCACCUCCACCUUCACUUCACGUCACCUUAUCUUCACCUUCACCUUACCUUCACAUCACCUUAAUUUUCAUGUGUCCUUCACCUUUCCUACACGCAGGGAUUUUUUUAGCCUAUACGGUGUAGACCCCAGCAGAAACACGUUUCGUGAGGGAAACGACCGUUGUCUAGGAGUUUAUGAUAGAGCGGUGAAACGAACCGUAUGCCCUGAAGUAUGCACAGUACGUGUGAUGCAUGGAACGCCUCGAAUAUUCGAACACAUGCGAGCACUAUACUAAAUUACUAGUGUAAGUGAGAACGGUUUUUCUGCGGCUUGAGGAAUGUCUGCCGGACGUUUUUGUCAACACGGACGUCACCCGAAAAUUGGUAUAAUUAAUUUUGGCGGCAUUUUUCAUCAUCGCGCUCGUAUAAGGAUGCAAAACAUUUUAAAAACUUUAAAACAUUUGUGUUUUGUUAUAUGUGUUGAAGAUUGCCACAAACUGGCACACUUAAUCCAGUCGCACCUCGGCGAUCAAGUCCGUACUGACAAAAAUAUCGCUUGCUUGAACUCCCUAUUGCGAAAACAUGCAGUUGCCUAGCUGCUUGCCUCUAGCAGUUUCAUUAAACCAUUUAUAAUACCACAUGACAUGAGCUUUUGUAUGAUCUUUUUUUGUAGAGUUCGCUAAGAUGUUUGGUACAUAUGGUAACGUUAAGCUAAACUCGUCCUUAUGGGUGAAUUGUAGAUCAAACCAAGGAGACAAGGCGAAAUAUUCACUGCUAAAAAAGCCUCUUCUAGGUUCUGGGUCGUAUCAAAAAGUACAAAUUGUAUCUCGAAUAAAGGACUAUAGCGGUGGACUAUACAGCAUCUCUUCUUUAACUCUAGCGGAUGAAGGGUACUACAAGUGUCGUGCUAGUUUAAAUGGAGUCACCAUUGAAAAGGAGCUUGAUCGCGUAAUAUGGUUUUCACCGACCUUGUAAAAACUACCCUGAUUUUGUAGUAUAUUCAGUAACUAUCGUAUACUGUAACUGUCAACACAAAAGAACUACUUGCAAGUGGUAAACUUUGUAACCGUUUUAUUUUAGAUAGAACGUACGAAUUGCAAAAGCAUUUUACAUGCAAACGAUGGAAAUGCAAGAUAAGCAUAUAUUGUUGUAUUAAAUGUACUUUCCGUGUAUUAAUAUAGCUUAGUUGCACCUAUAUAAUUCGUAAUUUUUUAACGAUUUUUAAUUUAAUAAAGAUUUGGAAGUGCGUAUAAUACACUUCGAGUAAAUAUAUAGCUACUAUUGUACUCUUAAUUAGUAUUCUAUAACAGUAUCAGUGAUUAAUCUCGUUAUGGCGAGGUAUUAAAGCAGAUAAAGCUUGUCAUACACAAAAUAACGGCUAACUAUGCAAAUAUUUGAAAAUAUAACGGCUCAUUGACCAUGCAGAUACGAAUGUCAUUACUUGAGAGUAGCUAGUGAGUAGUGGUGUCUGUUAUUGAGUAAAACAGCGAAAUAUGUUUAGUUAACGGUCAAAACUGAAAAUUUAUAGCGGAAAUCUGAAAAUAGAGGCAGAAGAUUUAUAUUAAAUUCGUAUAGUAUUAUUGAAUGAGAA